CCCGCGGCUUCCGGCCGGCAAGAUGGUGGCGCGCAGAAAGAAGCGUGCGGCGCCUGACUCCGGGUCCGGGGUCCCGAGCCCGCCGGGCUACGCAGCCCUCCCCAUCAAGUUCUCCGAGAAGCAGCAGGCGUGCCAUUACCUCUACCUGCGAGAGCACCAGGUCCGGGACGGCGCCCGCUCGGCCUGGCCGCAGAAGCGAACCCUCUUUGUCCUCAAUGUGCCCCCGUACUGCACGGAGGAGGCCCUGGCCCGCCUCCUGGCCCCCUGCGGUCCCGUCCAGACUGUGGAGCUUCGAGAGAAGCCGGACCUCGCCGAGGGUCCCCAAAAGCCCAAGUCGGUGUUUUUCCAGCCUAGGCCCGUUCCGGGGUUCCGGGUCGCCUACGUGCAGUUCCAGAAGGCGAAGGGGGUACAGGCCGCCCUGGCGCUGCAGGGCCCGCUGCUGGUGUCCACCGAGAGCCACCCCGCACCCAGCGGCGUUCACAAGUGGAUCCGAGAGUACGCGGGCUCCGUGGCGGACCCCCAGGCCCUGCAGGCGGAGGUGGACGCCUUCAUGGAGGCCUAUGACAAGAAGACGGCCGAGGAGGAGGCCAGGGCGAAGGAAGAGGAGGGGGUCCCCGAUGAGGAGGGCUGGGUGAAGGUGACGCGGCGCGGCCGCCGGCCCGUGCUGCCCCGCACCGAGGCGGCCAGCCUGCGCGUGCUGGAGCGCGAGCGGCGCAAGCGGGCGCGCAAGGAGCUGCUCAACUUCUACGCCUGGCAGCACCGCGAGUCCAAGAUGGAACAUCUGGCGCAGCUGCGCAAGAAGUUCGAGGAGGACAAGCAGCGGAUCGAGCUGAUGCGGGCGCAGCGCAAGUUCCGGCCCUACUGAGCCACGGCUGCGGGGCUGCGGGGUGCCGUCAGGGGGCGCCCGCCCAGCACCCAGACUCAUCCAGGGGGUGCCCGGCCCCCAGGACCGCCCUGCCUUUGCCCCCCACGUCCAUAAUUGAGGCAUCGAGAACAGUAACGGAACUUUAUUGUCAGCCCGCAGGGGCGGCAGGGGCCAGGGCUGGGGGCUCAGGGAAGGCCCAGGGCCCCGCCUCGGGGUCUGCCCUCACGCCUGGCUCCGUAAGAAGCUGCCCACGGCCCCCGCCACGACCUCCGGCUGGUUCAUGUGCACGUAGUGGUUCCCGGGCACUUCCACGAACUGGAACCGCUGCAGGGUGGGGUUGUCGGGGCACAGGGUCAGCGGGGCCGGGGCAGGGGGCCGUCUGCCACGCUCACGGCAUCCACAGGCCCCUGGGCGCGCCACGCUUCUGAGAGCCCCAACACCAGGCCGUAGAGCAGGUGCGCUUUUGGGGGGCGGGUGGAAUGCAGAGACCCAUACCCACACGGACAGUCUCGCCCCAAGCAGGGACACAGGACAGUAAACUCAGGCACUGCCAAUG